AUGCAUUUUUUCACUUGGAAUAUUCCUAAUGGUAUGUUAUUAGUAAUCAUAGUUACUUUUGGACUGGCUUUUGAUCUACAGAUAAUUUCAACCCAUCUGUUUACUACAGGAUUAAUUUUAUCAGAGCAAAAAACAGUUGAUGACACUUUCACCAUCUCACCAGCUGAUGUUUACUGGAAUACUACUACAACUAAUAUUCAUGAUAAAAAUAAUGAUAAUAAUAACAAUAAUCAUAAUGAAUUAUUGACUUCAUCUAAAUCAAAAAACAAAAUUUGGGCGGCUUUACCAAAACACAUUAGUCUAUUGCAUUUUCUCCAACCGAAAACAAAUGACAGGGUGCCUGCACAAAAGACUACUUCAUUUCUUACCAUAAAUAAUCAUAAUAAACCAAAAUUUAGACGAGAAAGCAGUCGACAAACCCUUCAGUUGAAGCGUCAACGUCCACAAAGAUAUCCUUUCCACAGAAAUAGUAAUAAUAAUAAUAAUAAUAAUAAUGAUAAAAUUCAAACAAGAUUUGCUAAAGCCUAUAAUUAUGCAAAUUUCACAUGUCCAACUGAAUGUAAAUGUAAUUUUGCUGAGGUGGAGUGUAAAAGUAGUCGCCUGACAUCUAUUCCUUCAAAUAUUCCAUUGUAUACAGAAAAAUUAAUUAUUGUUGGGAAUAAUAUCAAAAAAUUGGAUGGAAACAGUUUUCGGGAUUUUAUCCACUUGAAAAUACUAAUCUUAUCGAAUAAUAAAAUUGAAAAUAUUGAACCAGAUACAUUCAAUAAACUUACUAAUUUACGUCGUUUGAAGUUGAAUUCGAACCUACUGCACACUCUUCCAGAUAAUGUCUUUACUCCUCUGAAACAACUGCAACGUCUGGAUCUACAAGAUAACAAGCUGGUUUGUCUCCCAGACUCCUUGUUUUCUGGUCUGAGUGAGUUACGUUACAUUUUGCUCACACGGAAUAAUUUGGUAUGGCUUCCGAGAUCUUUACUUACGGAACUGAAAUCACUCAAGCAUAUUGAUCUAAAAGAAAAUCCUUUACGAUGUGAUUGCUAUAUUCAACCAUUUUUGAAUGAUUUUAUCGGUACAAAUCGUCUAACUAUUCUGCAUAGGUCUGGUGCAGUCUGUUCUACAUUGAGUAGUGAUCCCAGUUUGUAUGGGUAUCCGUUGAAUGAAAGAAUAUAUCAAACUUUACAAUGUCCUGCCGACUCAGAGAUGUUUAUGAAACCUUCACCAGAAUGCAUCAUAACAGGUACAUCAUCGUGUGAUGGAAUUUGUGAUUGUUCAGUUGAAGGCGUAGCCAACUGUCAAGGACGUGGGCUGAAAGCGAUUCCAGAUGAUUUACCACGUGAUAUUAUGGAGUUAAAUAUGGAUCACAAUGAACUGAUUUCACUUCCAAUGGAUGCAUUUACGAAUUACAAAAAUUUAAGAAAAUUCUUUCUUUAUUUUCCUUUAUCGUAUAAUAGUGUUUUAGACAACAAUCAAAUCUCGUAUAUUCAUCCUCAAGCUUUCAGCAAUCUACAAGAACUUUCCAUUUUAUAUAUGAGUUCAAAUGAAAUGGGUUUACUGCCAUCAAAUAUAUUCUCUAAACUUUCAAAUCUAAAAAUACUAUAUUUACAUCGAAAUAAAAUUUCCUGCAUACAGAGAGGAUCUUUUGCAGGUUUAGAACACCUACAAAUCUUACACUUAUCAAACAACCGUAUACAAACAUUCCCAAGAAAUAGUUUUGAAGACUUACGUCGAUUGAAAUAUCUUUAUUUAGUUCACAACCCACUUAUAUGCGAUUGUCAGAUAGCCGCUUGGUUACCAGCUUUUCUAACUGAAAAAGAAGCUGGUGGUACACAGUGGGCUAGAUGUGCAGAACCAUUAAAUGUUCAAGGUAGUCAUGUACGCGAAUUACUACCGCAUAUAUUACAAUGUCCAAGUAUCAUUACCUAUAAAAAUGAGAAUGAAACUUGUGAAUUUGUAAACCACCAAUGUCCUGAAGGAUGUAAAUGUAUGGAUAUCACAGUCAAGCCUAGAAUGCACGCAAAUUCAGAGUCUGUAUUCAGACCAGAUGAAUUUGGUCUUAUUUCAGGUGGUUUUAGCGUCGAUUGUUCAAGUUUGGAAUUAAUGGAUAUACCUGACAAUCUACCAUUGAACACAAAGGAACUAAAUUUGAGAAAUAACCUGAUUAAAUCGAUCACAAUUGACUCAGGUUUAUUCAAGCUGAAAAACCUUCAAACGCUGUAAGUCAUUCUCAAAACUACAGAACAUGUAUGUAUACGUACGUAAUCUCAGUUGGUCUGUCAUUUAUUUCGCAUUCUACGCGUAUCUAUGCAUCAUAUUUCGCAAUAUAAAUGGUGUCUUCACCAUGAACUUCGGCAAUACUGAACAAAGUCUUAGAGUAUGUGUGAUAUGGUGUUCAAUAGCAUCACAUUAGUAAUAGAUUACGAUAUGACGAUGGCAAUUAGAAUUGACUUCAUUGUACAUUCAUUUUAAUGACUGUGGAGAUUAAAAAACGAAUUUCAGGAAACAUUUAUAUACGUUGUUCACCUCCUUUUAGAGUACAUAUUUAAUUUCAUGGGGGAAAGAGAACUGAUUAUUUUAUCUGUUGGAUAACAUGCUACUUUUUUUCUACCAAUCUGACAUUUCAGCAAGUGGGAUUGCAGUUAGUAUAGGGGGUAUUUUUUUGCAUACCACUAUUAUUUAUAUCGAAAAUACCACAGAUUCUUUUAAGAGAAGUAUUCGCUCAAAAUAUGCUGUUAGUUUACCGUGAAAUCCCACAGGUUAACCAGCUGAGUUUCAUUCCACAUCGCUGUUUAUCAUAACUGUUCUUAUAUCGUGUAACUUUUAAAUCUUCAAAUAGUUGCUUUUAUCUACACAAGGACUCUUCUUAACGUUUACAAUUAUCAGGAUCGUUUGUACACACAACUUAUUCUAAUGCUACAGAAUAGGGUGAAGCUGGACUCUAUUUUGGUUGAUU